AUUAAGGAGCAGAAUUUGUUCGCGCCUUCGUUGAAAUUGCUCUUCCCUCUCCUCGACCCUGACGACAUAUCUAGACACGAUGCAACGCGGGAUAAAGCUGCCGUCGGCUCUUUAACAACCCUUGUUCAUAUAUUCGACGCCUGCGCCAGAGGGUUGGUUGCAACUGAAAUUCGUGACAGCACGUUGCGACGCUUUGUACCAGGCGCCAGUUGACGUCCACGCGUCCACGACGUCGCGAUGCUCGGUUAUACUCUCCUGGCAAUCUGCAUUGCAUCGUGGGUUUCAGCGCUGAUCGAUCCGACACCAGUAUUACCAAAAUUUGGCAAACCCUUGAACAAUUUGACGAUAUCGGUCGGUCGCGAAGCCACUUUCACCUGCAUCGUCGAAGACCUCGGACCCUUCAAGGUGGCGUGGCUGAGAGUCGACACGCAGACCAUUCUAACGAUAGCCAGUCACGUGAUCACAAAGAAUCACCGGAUCGCAGUGACGCAUAGCGGGCAUCGCACGUGGUCCCUCCACAUACGUGAUACGCGAGAAACGGACCGUGGCUGGUACAUGUGCCAGGUCAACACCGACCCCAUGUCCAGUAACACGGGCUUCCUCGACGUCGUUGUGCCACCGGACAUCCUGGACUACCCUACGAGUACGGAUAUGGUUGUCCGCGAAGGCAGUAACGUUACGUUACGGUGCGCGGCAACUGGCACCCCGGCACCGUCGGUGACGUGGCGACGAGAGGAUGGCAACCCUAUUAUUCAAUUCACCACCCAGGAAGUGGCGAGUACCGAGGGUCCGGAAUUGGAGAUUCUGCGCGUCAGCCGGCGUCACAUGGGUCCUUACCUCUGCAUCGCAUCCAACGGAGUUCCACCCACAGUCAGCAAGCGAAUCGUUCUCAUUGUACACUUUCCUCCGAGAGUGUGGAUCGAAAAUCAAUUGGUCGGUGUUUACGAAGGGCAAACAGUGACGCUCACGUGCCAUAGCGAGGCGUUUCCGCGACCGAUCGCCUACUGGACCAGACCGACAAAUCAGAUCAUCGUCAACGAUGACAAUUUCAAGUUAGUCUCGAGUUACUCGGGAUACGAGAGCACGAUGCAGUUAACCAUUCGUUCCAUACAGCCGCAGGAUUUUGGAGCGUUUCAAUGCGUAGCCAAAAAUGCUAUUGGCGAAACGGACGGUAAAAUUAAAUUGUACGAGAUUCCCGCACCGCCGACUACACACAAGCCGAACACGAGAAGAGAGUCGAAAAAAUCGUGGAAAAGUGAACGGAAUCAGGAGAAAAAGGCGGCUGCGACUAAAGGUGGGACGAUACCGAACGGUCUCGAUAACGAAGACGUUGGCGAACAACCGACGGAUUUCGACUCAGCAACGGCAUCGUCAACGAUGAAUCGACAUCUGACGAAAAUUGGAAUGGCGACAAUCAUAACGAUAAUCGGAAGACGAUUACCGACAUAACUUACACUGGUGCAAAAAUAUUUUUUACGUUCGAGUUAACACGUCUGUGUAAUUACCUUUGAGUAUAAGAGUAGAUCUUUCGGAGCCAAGGUACUCGAAAUAGGUUCGUGGAGUCCUUGAUAAAAUUAUUCAAGUCGUACGACGCGAGCAGAUACAAAAUAUCGAGAUCAAACUCAACAUUACGCGAUGUUUUAUUUAUUUCGCUCAGUGAUACCUAUACAUCAUGUGUCAAUUAUCUCAACGCGUCUGCCUCGAUCACCUAUUUUUUUUUUUUUCUUAUGGUGAAUUUUUCAGAACACGUCGAUCAGAGAGAUGUGAAUAUCUCUCUACGUGCGUAUGUAAGUUCGCUCGGUCAGUUUCUAGAUAAAAAUAUGGGUUCCAUAGUGUAUAUACAUCGAAAGUUUUGAAUAUCGUCUGCAGUGAUUUUUUACUUUAAUUUAAUUUAUUUUUUUACCAACUCGUUACGAGUGAAUGAGAGUCUAGCGCAAUUGUCUUUUGUGCGAUAAAUACAGUUUUUUCAAUUUUGAUCCGAAUAAAAAGUUUUGUUCCAAUUUUACAGAGUCAAUUUUACGAAAUAACUCGCGACUUACGUGAUACGUUCGUUGAUCUUUCCACAGGCUGAUGUGAUCGUCGAUUUUUUUAUAAAGUGAAAUGACAAUGCUGAAUUGUUACAAUAAAGUCGGUAUAGCGAUCUCCUCCAGGUAUUCAAACAAGGUUACAUGCUUUGAUCGACGAAAAUUUCAGCGCGUAUAUUUCGCAAACGACGGGACUACGUAAUGCUCAGUUUGGAAAGCAUAAUGUCAAUAAUAUGAGAAUAUUCGAGUCUGGAGAUUAAUUUUCUCUCGGGGCUCAAAUAGCUAUCUAACAAAAUACAAUCAGUAAUAUGAUCUUGCGCUAUUUCACUUGAAAAUUUAGAUAGUAUUAAUUGGGUAUUUCGAGUCACAUACUUACUCGCUUUAAUUUCAUGCCAGACGCUGUAAGGUUCAGUUCACGUGUAUGAAUAAUGGAAGAAACAUUGUCUGAAUAUACGUACAAUUUUUCUCGAACUAAUUUGAAAAGUGACGAGACCCGAAAUCAUCGGGAUGAUUUCGUUUUCCCCGCUUCUCCGUAAUUGGGCACAUGGGUGUGUCAAUACCAUUCCUCUACUUCACGUGAGAAUAAUAAAAAUUAUUCAAUAUCGACUUCUAUCCUUUAAUACGUACGAAGAUUGAACGUGUAUACCUCUAAAAUGUACAAUGUGUAAUUAUACAAUAAUGAUAGUAGAUUACAUAUGUCUGUAUAUAUACAUACGAAUGGUAGCCAAUAUCCUAUACAUAGUGUUAAGGAAAAGGGAUGAUUAUGCUUACACACCAAGUCGAUGAUGUGCCGAUGCUAAGUUUCAUUGUACUUACCAUACCUAGCUUAUAAGCCUCAGGGACAUGUAAAUAAAAUCAGGUUGAACAUUA